GAUGCUGCAGGCGGUUUCCCCUUAGGAAGUACUACUGUCCUCUGAACAGCGCGGGGGAAAAGGAGGUGCCCUCCGCACCCCGGGGCACCCCCUUCUUUCAAUUUCCAAGGGCGGGGUGGGCACGGCCGCCGCUGCGUGCCCGCGCAGGCCUCCCGCCCCGCCCGCCGCAGCGCCGCGCCGUUCCGUUCCGCGCCGUUCGUUCCGUGCCGCCGGCCGGCCCCCGGUGCCGCGGGCAUGGCGCCGCUGGUGCUGUACCACUGGACUCAGUCCUUCUCCUCGCAGAAGGUGCGGUUGGCAAUAGCCGAAAAAGCCCUGAAGUGCGAAGAGCACGAUGUAAAUCUGCCGCUGAGUGAGCACAACGAACCGUGGUUCAUGCGCUUAAAUUCCUCCGGAGAAGUACCUGUCCUGAUCCAUGGGGAAAACAUCAUUUGUGAGGCGACGCAGAUCAUCGAUUACCUUGAAGCAACGUUUGUGGAUGAGGAGGUACCAAGAUUAAUGCCAGAAGAAGGGAGCAUGUAUUAUCCAAGGGUGCAACACUAUAGAGAGCUUUUAGACUCCUUACCUAUGGAUGCCUACACCCACGGCUGCAUCCUGCACCCCGAGUUAACAGUGGACUCCAUGAUUCCAGCCUACGCUACCAGCAGAAUUCGUAGCCAAAUAAGUAACACAGAAUCAGAGUUGAAGAAACUUGCGGAAGAGAAUCCAGACCUUCAAGAUGCCUAUAUAGCAAAACAGAAGCGCCUUAAAUCUAAACUGCUGGAUCAUGAUAAUAUAAAAUACCUAAAGAAAAUACUGGAUGAACUGGAAAAAGUUUUGGAUCAGGUUGAGACUGAAUUGCAGCGGCGAAAUGAGGAAACGCCGGAAGGUGAAAAUCAGCCUUGGCUCUGUGGUGAUUUCUUCAGUCUUGCAGAUGUAUCACUUGCUGUCACAUUACAUCGGCUGAAGUUUCUGGGAUUAGCAAGAAGAAACUGGGGAAAUGGAAAGCGGCCCAACUUGGAAGCCUAUUAUGAGCGUGUCCUGAAGAGAAAAGCAUUUUACCAAGUUUUAGGACACGUCAACAAUAUAUUAAUCUCGGCCGUUCUGCCGACGGCAUUCCGCGUGGCCAAGAAGAGGGCGCCCAGGGUUCUUGGCACGACCCUGCUGGUCAGCGUGCUGGCGGGAUUGGGUUACCUUGCUUUCAUGUGUCUUCGGAAGAGGUUUCCCAACAUGAUGUUAUUGGUUAGAACCAGGCAAAAUUAUCUUUAGACCUGUCUGUCCCUCAUGGUGAGUGGAGGGCAUCUCUACCCACCCCCCAGGAAACAUCCCCAGUAAAACAUAGAAGUAGAAGAAAGGUUAUGUCUGUAAAUUAGAACAUUGUCACACAGUAAUCCUCUUCUGCUGUUACAUAACUGGAUUGGCAAUGCGGAGAUAUUUGUGGAAAAUGUAUGUAAGGGGACAACAAAGGAAAGAAGAGACUUUGUUUUUAGAUGAGCACCUACAAGGGCUGUGAUGAUGCUUUGUUAAAGUGGUUAUUGUCUCCUUUACCUAGUAGCUGACCUAAUUAUAAUGUAUGUUUUUUUUUUUAUUUUUGUUGUUGUUGUUGUUGUUUGUUUUGUUUUGUUUUAAAGAUAUGCGGCAAUAUGACAGCUCUUCACUGUGGGUGAAAUGCGUUACUGUGCAGAAACCAGCAUUGUUGAGAUACUGAAAAUAGCACUUACUGUAAAGGCUCAGAGCAGAAUUUAAGUGGAGCAUAGGCUCUGCGCCUGGUAUGUGCAGGAGUGAGUGUCUUUGUACUGAUUAAUGUCUGUUAAUUUGCAGUUGGACCUUUAGAAAUGUGUUAAAAACUGAUCUUGUGGAUCCACUUUUGUCACUGUAUGUUCAUGUUGUAGUACAGGAAGAGUCCUGAAACAGAUAUGAACAUCAGUGAUUUGUGGGCCACAUGAGUGAAAUUGUCCAGAGGCAUUAGCAGUCAACAGAAAUAAUAUAAAUGGGAGUGAAAAACCUGCCACUUGCCUUUUGGGCAGACUUUGGCCCAGCCAGGUACCCAGCUCAGCUGCAAGCCCUGGCUGAGUCAAACCAAACUAUCUUGGUGCACAUUUCCUGCUGUCAUUCUAUCAGCUCCUUCUGUCUUUUGCUCUUGGGGUAGCUUGAUCCAGUUGUCUCCAUACGAGUGUUCCCUGCACCCUUUCUUGUUUCCACUCUGAGCACUGGUUAUUUUUUUGCACUCUACUUGGCUAAUUUAGCAAUUGCCUGUGCCUCUAUGAAGUGUUUGCCCACAAUGCGCCACAGCCAAUGAGAAAAUGAGUUCACAACAAUGCAUUUUGUAAAAGUAAUUUAAAAUACUUCACUAGCUUUCAAUCUGGUUAGGUAGUCUAGGUUGAAGGUGAAAUGGUAAUUUAGCAAUCUGUUUACUUAUGAAGAGGUGUCAUAUUGGUGGUAAGUGGAAAAAUACCGGUCAGUUUGGAGUUGGGUCAUUUGUACUGCAGAUCUUUUGCAAAGCUGCACUCAAGUAGCUUGUAGGAAGGAGACAGAAAAACACUUUGAUUACUUCCUACUAAGCAGGUGCUGAGCUUUUUAUUAGGUUCUAACUGAGCUUCUGUUUCAAUGAGAAAUGCACAUUUACCUGGAGGUAGACUUUGAAUCAUUUUGCAGUGAGAAAGCAAUCAGGAAGGGCUGAAAAUUCUCAUAACAGUUUAGUAUGAUUUUUGUAUUUUUGAUGAAUGUCUGAAAGCCUCAGAAUUUUGUUUACAAUCUGUAGAUAACUGCAACAACAAAAAACGUAGCUUUAAAUGUUUGCCUAUCAACAAUUAGUGUGAUUAAGCUUAAGUCUUGGGUCCGGUGCUGGUGGUUGUGGUCUCUGCACAAGUGCUUUGAGCAGCAAGAAGAUCUGCUCUCAAGUUUGGUGGAGAGAGCUGAGACAGUUUUUGUCUUGGCAGUCUCACUGUGUAGCAGAUGUCAAAACAAAUGAAACUGUUGAAUACUUCUGCUUAUAAUUUAAUAUUGUGCUAGUUGUCUAGCAAAAGAAGACCUAAAUUUAAUUGCUCUUGUAAUAAGCAACAUCUUACCUAGGAAACAAUGCUUUUUUUAUUUGUCGAAAAGACGGUUUCAUAUAAUUCUAUUUCAUGACCCAGUUGUUUUCAAGAAUUUGUUGAAUUAAAUGUGCUCAGUUUAGAAAAGCUUAAUUAUCUCUAGAGUAAGUUUACUCCAACGAUACUAUGAAUGUGCUGGCAGCUUUAACUGAGUUUGUUGUUUGUAUAUUUUGUUUCAUCUGCAUUUACUUGUAACCAACAAAUUCCACUAAGUUAAUAAAAACAGAGUAAGGCCUGUCACUACUUCCCUGGCAUGUAUUUCUGACUGACCAUCUGUAAAAUAUAAUCUCAUCCAAGUCAUGGCAAAUUUCAAUAUAUAUGACUCAGCUUUCUUUAGAAUUAAUUUAUAUUUUACUUUUCCCUUUCUCGUUUGUUUGUGAUGUGUUUGUUCUAGAUAAGAACACUUAUAUUUCCAGAGGCAUGCCAGUCUAGUUCACACCAACAGCUCUGUGUGCUGUGAUCUAGGCAAAUUAGUGAUGGAGCAGUUUUCCUUCCCCCCUAAACCACAAUGGUCUCUGCACCGCUCCUUGCCUGCCCAGAGCUGCAGGUAGGGUUGGGAAGGACUGAAAUGACCACCAGAUGUCAGUGGCCCUCCAGGGCUCUGCCUUGGCAUGCUGCUGAGAUGUGCAGGAAAACCCUGGUUUUCACAAAGUGAUCUCGGCAUAAGAUGGAUGUGAGCAUCCUCGUCAGACUAGCAAUCUCUCAAGAGCCCUUGAAACAACUACUUGGUCUACUACCAAGUGGUUCUCUGGCACAUAUUGUUAGUGUUUGUGUGUCAUUUCUACACUAGAUAAAUAAGGAGGCAAAGCUGAAAUAAUAUUUCACACUAGAAUGAAUGUUACUGAACAGCGUUUAAACAUCUGCAGGAAUGAACAUGGAUAAAACUUUUACUGUGGAAAAGUUUGGAUCUCUAGUUUAAUGAAUGUCUGUUAGUACAGAUAUUGGAUAGUUUCACUGCCUUGAAGUUCUCUGUGCAUUUCUGUACAUGUGGCAGCAAAAGGCUUAUCCAUGAUUAAAUUCCUCAAAACAGGAUGAGAUUUAGAAGCACAUGUGCUGUGUAUGACUCCUUAUGUGGGAUAGCUUUUGUGUGGUGCUUGUAAAGUUUCUUUUCAGCCUCGUUUAUUUUCUUUACUGGGGUACCUCUGUACACUAUUUAGAUUGCAUACACAACCUAUCUUCUGGUUCUCAGUUACUGUUUGUUCUCAUAUCACACAUCAGAUAUAUUCCAUAUCUUUGUAUGUGGGACCUGCACAAUAAACAUUUAUUCUAAGACCA